AUGGCAAUUUCAACUUACUUUGACGAAUGCGUGUCUCACUCGCGUAAGGAGGGUAAUUUAUCUUACCACUCAAACAACCGCUCGCCCGUGAGUGUAGCGAGUGUGAGCGAGAAAUUGCAAACAGCGCCUACGCAGGCAUCUGAGCGCGUGAAUGAAUCAAAAAUCGAUCAUGAGAUGGUACGUGCAGGCUCUGAGGAAGAGCAACAGGGCCGAGUUGCGAUGACUAGAUCGCCUGAGCAUCAGUGUAGCCCGGUGUAUUACGGUAAUAAUAUUAUCAAUCAGGCUGAAACUGAUAUUAAAAAUGGAAAAAUUGCGUCUUUCUCGGAUAUAGUAAGAAAAGAUGGCGAAUGGAAAGAGCCUUAA